CAACUGUCAGCUGUGCUGCCGUGGUGCUGCCAGCCAAGAAAGUCGAAGUCAACAAAGUGAAAUCUUAAAAGUUUUAUUUUUUUUAAUAAAAUUUCAAAAUUCCAGUUCUAAAUUAAACUAAUCUUAAUUAACUUCAAAUCCAAAUUAUUAAAACAAUUGAAUAGGUGCUCAAGAUAAAACUCUGCGGCCUUACGAAGGAAUAUAAAAUCAAUGUUGCCCUCAAAGAUGAAUGUGAACAGAAAGUUACUGCCUAUAAAAGGGCAUUUCUUCUUAUUCAACGCAGGUACCGCACCUCUAGUACCCUACCUAUCGACAUAUGCAAGACAAUUAGGAUUUUCUUCGAGCACAGUCGGUUUGAUUUACACAGUACUGCCCAUAUUUGGUCUCGUAGCCAAACCGCUAUUUGGUGUCAUUGCUGAUAGGUUCAAAAUCCAAAAAUCACUAUUCAUUCUCUUCCAAAUUGUGACCAUAAUAAGUUUCUCUGCAAUAUACUUCAUACCAGACAGUGGGUCAAAAGUAUCAGUUGAAUUGGAUUGUGGUGACGGAGGGACUGUGCUAAGGAGCUGUUAUAACUCUGCAGAGCAGAUUGACACAUGCAAAGUCACCUCGCUGGCCAGUCAGACCUCCCAUGCUGUUUGUAAGAUGAGCUGCGAUAUGACAUCACCAAAGAUGUGGCAAACAGUUUGCGAGCAUUGGCACAUACCGCAAUACUGUUACAGCAACACUAAGAGCAUAGAAUACACUUCGUAUAUUAGUAAUGUGACCACAAAAGACUCCUGCGUUUAUAUGUCUUCAAAUAAUGUUACGCUUGAUGGAUUUUCAUACAAACCAAGUUGCCGUAUCGGUUCGGGCUACGUUGAUAUAAACGAGCCUUGCUCCCUCAACUGUAGCGACCUACAUUUGGCCAAUUUGAUUGGCACAAACAAAGCCAAUAUGACAUGCUUGGACAAAACUCUUAACUACCUCUUAUGUGAUUAUAAUGCUCAGGAUUUGGCCAAUGUGACUGGUGGAUCUAAUUUAGCCAAAUGUCAGGCAAAUUGUGACCUUAACCCCCAAACUCCAUGGCAGUUGAUGGAAAUUUGCGAGGGUUGGGAUGCAGACGCUGCCCGCACUUGCCACCCCAAAACCAAAGAAGGGGAGAAAUUCCCCGACAGUCUCUCUUUCGAUGGCACCAUACUAUUAUCUACCACUAUAGCUGAACAUAAAUGCGUUUAUAUACAGCUUAACCAUAUCCAAAUGGAGGAUGGUUCCAUACAUUACCCGUUUUGUGAGUCGAAAGCUGUGUAUCAAGUGAACGCAGAGCUGUUUCAUUCCACUUGCAACAUUAGCUGCGAUAGUGAAAUGGUGAACGAACUGUUCAAAUCGGCAUCCGAGAGUCAUAAAGAAGAUGAGACGCAGUACACCAAACAGUUCUGGUUGUUUUUCCUACUCAUGAUUAUCAGCUGGGUGGGCCAAGCAGUGGUGGUGACCUUUGCUGAUGCUAUAUGCUUCAACCUUUUGGGUACAAAAAUCUCGCUAUAUGGCAGACAAAGACUCUGGGGUUCGGUCGGCUUCGGUAUAUUUUCCCUCGUAACCGGAGUCCUGAUUGACGUUUUCAGUGAUGGCGCCGUCAAAAAUUACUCUGUGGCCUUCGUACUGAUGUUUGUUUUCAUGACUGGAGACGUGAUCGUGUCGUGUUAUUUGAAGGUUGAAUCAACAAAAAUGUCCAUAAACAUCUUAGCGGAUGUAGGCAGUCUCCUCACCUCGUUACCUACAUUCGUGUUUAUGCUGUGGACGAUCGCAGUGGGUCUGUGUACGGGACUCAUUUGGCAGUUCCUGUUCUGGCACAUCGAGGAUAUAUCAGGCUUGUCCUGCGAAGGGGAAUAUGUCAAGACUCUGCAAGGGCUGGUCAGCGCUAUACAGACGUUCGGUGGAGAAAUACCCUUCAUGUUUGUCUCUGGUUAUCUUCUCCGUAAGUUUGGUCACACCAACACCAUGAGUCUAGUACUGUUCGCGUUCGGUGUGCGAUUUAUCUUGUACUCCAUAGUGACCAAUCCAUGGUGGAUCUUGCCCAUUGAGAUGUUCCAGGGUAUAACGUUUGGCAUGUUCUACCCCACCAUGACGUCAUAUGCCACAGUAGUAUCGCCCCCUGGCACUGAAACCACUGUACAGGGUGUAGUCGGCGCAGUGUUCGAAGGUGUGGGAACGUCGCUCGGCAGUUUCGUGGGCGGGCGACUGUACACCGCGUAUGGAGGCUGGAACACUUUCCAAUACUUCGGCAUAGGCGCAUUCGUCGCAUGCGCUCUGCAUAUGCUGGCACAGUACGCGCUUCGGAACAGAAAUCCGCAUGCCAGCUUGAGCCAAGGUUAUACAUCUAUAAUAAAAUAUGGGCAAGAAAACGAUACAGUUUAUAUAUUAGAAGAUAUGGACGGAGCCAGAUAGCAUUCCUUGAAAUCUUAAAAUUGUUAGUAGGUACCUAGAUAAAUAUAGAAAAAUAAAUAUAAUAUAUAAUAUGUACAUAUA